AUGAAUUCCUUUUUUGAUGGUUACGUUCAUGCUAAGACGAACUUGAAAGAGUUUGUCGAUCAGUACGAUAAUGUCCUGAAAAAGAAAAUUGAGAACGAAAAUGUCGCUGACUUCCACUCAUUUAAUCUCACAAUUCCUUGCAUCUCUAGAUCGCCUAUUGAAAAGUUAUAUCAAGAUUUGUAUACAAAUGUUAAAUUUAGGGAAGUUCAGAUCCAGCUUACUGGCACUAUCGACUUGGACCCAGUUUUACAUAGAAGAGAGGGUACUGUGAAAACCUAUUUGGUAGAGGAUGAAGUUCGUGUUGAAGAUUUUACGAAGCAAGUGACACACUCGGUAGAUUUUAAUGAGGAAGAUGGUGUCGCGAAAUGUUCUUGUAGUUUAUUUGAAAUGAGGGGGAUAGUGUGCCGGCACAUCUUCGCUGUGUUCAAAUGUAACGGGAUUAAGACAAUGCCACAACAGCACAUUUUGGAUCGAUGGAGGAAGGACAUUAAAAGAAGAUACACGUUAAUUAACAGCAGCUAUGACGCAGGCGAGGUGCGGGAAGAUGCUAAUAGAUAUUCAAGUCUGUUGAAUAUUUGUUAUAAAAUGAUUACUUGUGCUGCGGGUUCGAAAAAGCAUACUGAGGAUGCAACAACUAAGUUGCAUGCAAUGAUUGACCUGUAUUCUGAGACCUAA